AUGUCUUCCAAUCGACCUUCAGCAGCAGACUAUAGCUCUCUUGCGUCUCCAGACACAGAGAGUCUACUAAGCGAAGACCAGCUACAGGAAAAACCGUCGCAGUAUUCAAAAUCAGCCAAAUCAUCGCGAAAUUCGAGGAUUAAAACUCAUCUUCAUGCUGGGGCUGUCGUCUUUUACAGCGCCUUGACUGUCCUCCUGUGGAUAUGGAGUGUGAAGAUAAAGGAAAAAGAUUGUACCUGUGACAAUAGCCUACCAUAUUCUCCUGCACAAGCAGCAGUACGUUACGAGAAACAGACAAUCGUUCACAACCUUGCCGACAACGGCAAGUAUAGAGGCCCGCCACGACCAGAGCAGGACACUGCAUGGGAUGAGCUUCUGCAUUAUAAUAACCUGCGUGUCGAGAAGGAAGACCUAGAGAAGGCAAACACCACUUCUGUUCCCUUACAUGACUCCCAAGGAGGUUAUCUUGUAACGCUUGACGUGUUUCACACACUCCAUUGCGUUAACAAAAUCCGCAAGUCGUACUACUCAGACUACUACCAUGAUCCAAAUCCUCUUGCAGACCAGCACGAGCACUUUGAUCAUUGUAUUGACCUGCUUCGCCAGAUGACUAUCGGUGGCCGUGGCCCAGUAUGA